GGUCACAUGGUUCGGUCAGCUGAUGCUAAUGCUAAAGCUUAGCAACUAGUCGGACAUUCUGCGGCAGAGAGAGAUCUAACGAUCAGAUAAAAUGCCUUUCUCUGAGCUUUAUUUUAACGUCGAUAACGGCUAUCUUGAGGGCCUUGUCAGGGGAUUUAAAGCCGGAAUACUGUCUCAAGCUGAUUAUUUAAACCUUGUACAAUGCGAGACCCUCGAAGACCUCAAACUUCAUCUGCAGAGCACAGACUAUGGCAGCUUUCUGGCUAACGAGGCUUCACCUCUCACCGUGUCCGUUAUUGACGACAAGCUGAAGGAGAAGAUGGUUGUUGAGUUUCGUCACAUGAGGAACCAGUCAUAUGAGCCACUGGCCAGCUUCAUGGAUUUCAUUACGUACAGUUACAUGAUUGAUAAUGUCAUCCUGCUCAUCACCGGAACCCUUCAUCAGCGGGCCAUUUCUGAGCUGGUGCCCAAGUGUCACCCACUGGGCAGCUUCGAGCAGAUGGAGGCGGUCAAUAUCGCUCAGACUCCAGCUGAGCUGUAUAAUGCCAUUCUGGUGGACACGCCCCUUGCUGCAUUUUUCCAGGAUUGUAUAUCUGAGCAGGACUUGGAUGAAAUGAACAUUGAAAUCAUCCGUAAUACACUCUACAAGGCUUAUCUUGAAGCAUUCUAUAAGUUCUGUUCCAACCUUGGAGGAACUACAGCUGACACAAUGUGUCCCAUCUUGGAGUUUGAGGCUGAUCGAAGAGCCUUCAUCAUCACCAUCAAUUCAUUUGGCACGGAGCUUUCCAAGGAGGACCGUGCUAAGCUCUUUCCACAUUGUGGCAAGCUUUACCCCGAAGGUCUCGCUCAGCUGGCGCGGGCUGACGACUAUGAGCAGGUCAAAGCUGUGGCUGAUUACUAUCCCGAGUACAAGCUGCUGUUUGAGGGUGCUGGCAGCAACCCAGGCGACAAAACUCUGGAGGAUCGCUUCUUUGAGCAUGAGGUGAAACUGAACAAACUGGCUUUCCUGAACCAGUUCCAUUUCAGUGUUUUCUACGCUUACGUCAAGCUGAAGGAGCAGGAGUGCAGGAACAUUGUCUGGAUUGCCGAAUGCAUUGCCCAGCGGCACCGUGCUAAGAUUGACAACUACAUUCCAAUCUUUUAAGUUCCCUCCUUAGCUUUCAUCCGACCCAUUUCAUUCAGUGUUUUGGCUCAGUCGAUUCACUCCCGCCUCGGUGUUCAAGCAUCUGAUGCCACCAUGCCAAGCGGCCUUCAUUCUUUCAUUGUUGGCAGAAGUUGGUCCUCCAUAAACCAUGUUAUGGCCCUUUAUACAAGUCUUCAUUCGUUGGUCAUUGGUGAAGCACUGGUUCUAAACUUUUGGAUGCAUUGUACUGUAUAUUCUUCGUAACUCUGUGCUAUGCGUAUUCUUUCUGAUGCCAGGUUGUGGAAAGCAUCUUUUUGAAUAGUUUGGAUGGCAUGACUGGAACUGCAACCAAGUUCCGAAUAAGAGACUAGUAAUGUAAGCAAUGCAGGUGACGGUCAUAAAAUGUGAAUAUCAUGAAAACGUUGAUUCAGUCCAGUAAUGCCAUUCACAAAGUGAAUAUUUUAUAUUAUAUUCAUUCAUAACAUCCAGGCCGAUAUAUUUCAAAUGUAAUUUUUUUUAAAUUUUAAUUUAGAACUGACAACUAAUGACAAUCUCAUAUUCAUUAGCUCCGAAAAUUUGAAAUAUAAUUAUAAUGGUCUGUGUACAAUAAGUAAUAAACACGUUUCACUUGUUGAGGGAAAUUCCUUAAACGGGUCAACUUUUUCAUUAUAUUUUCAUUUGGUGACCAACAACCUGCACAGUCAGGGCCAAUAAUCAAAUUAGAUUUUCAGAAUUUGAAAAGGUUGAGCAUUUUCAUCCCUAGGCUCAGCCACUAAGGUACCUUGUAGCAUAGACGGAGAUUAAUCACCUCUGUAAACAGUAAAAUGGAACCCACAAGUACCCUGACCAUCUGUCUGAAGCAAACAUUCCGCUACCCCAAGUUGUCUAUAUUUAUGUUAUGGGCAAGGACCUGUAGCAAUGUUUUGUUGUGCUCCACCCCCAACCCCCAAAAAAUCUAUAGAGUAAAAUGUUAAGUCGCUACCUUCUUGUUGGCUAAUUGAGUGUUGUUCAAUAUAAGAUGUGGAAUAGAAGAUAAGUUUUCAUUCUGCAUCCAACCUUUUGUGUGAUGUUUGAACUCCAGAUUGACAUUGCAGUAAGUGUAUGAAAGAUAUAAACGUAAGAUAUUUAAAAAAAGAAUCACUAUUUGUGUUUUUCCAUGCUGUACAAAUUACGUGAUACAGAUUUUGAUGUUUCCUGUCAAGUGUGCUGUACAUGUAACAAAAAUAAAUAAGAAUCCAGGUG